UCAACAUACCUAAUCUUGAUUUUUCGUCCUUCGGGCAGAAAGAUUUAGCAAGUGCAAUCAAGACGUUUGUCUUCGCAAAUUGUUCGUUUUGGAUUUGAAGUUUUGCUUUCGGUUGUUGAAUUUUUAGUAGUCUUUAAGGGGAUAAGGGUUAAAAAGAUAUUUCUUUUUCCUAGAAAAGGAAACAGUACUUUUUCACUCUAUGCUUAGUGUGUAGUUGUUUGAGCACAUUUUAAUAGUUUAUAUCAGGAAAUAAAGUUAUUAAAACAAAUUAAGAAUUCUUGUAAACUAUGUGCUGAAAAUACAUGGUCCUUUUAGUUAUCUUUCAGUUAUGUCAGGGAAUGGAAACGAUGUUUACAAUGCAAUUUUUAUGAGUGCGAUAGCUAAAUAUCAAACUAGUGAAGUGUGACUGUAUUCCAUCAUUGAAUUACGGUGUUGCAGUGUGGUGAUAUAUACGCUAGAGAGAUAGGAAAAGUGUGAUCAAUUUGUCUGUAGAUAUGUCUUCUUCAAAGAAACACCUGAACAUACAUGCAAAAGAGAAACCUCAUAUAUGUGAUGUAUGUAAUAGAGCCUUUUUCCUAAAAUGUCAUUUAACAACACAUCAGCGUAUUCAUAACAAAGAGAUGAGUGAUGAAAAACAUGUGUGUAUGACAUGUAACAAAUGUUUUAUUAAUAAGUCGAAGUUAAAAAGGCAUAUACAUGUGCAUGCAGGAAUAAAGGCUUAUGCUUGUGAAAUAUGUAACACUUCAUUUGUGAACAUGCCUAAUUUAAAGAAUCACAUGCGUAUUCACAGUGGGGAAAGGCCUUAUGUAUGUAAAGCAUGUAAUAAGUCAUUUGUUGCAAUGACUAAUUUGAAGAAUCACAUACGCAUUCACACUGGAGAAAGACCUUACGCAUGCGAGGUGUGUAAUAAGGCAUUUGCAGAAAAAUCUGGCUUAAACAGACAUAUGCGCAUUCAUACUGGAGAAAAACCUCACACAUGUGAUAUAUGUAAGAAAUCAUUUAUGCAGAGGUCUUACUUAAGAAUUCACAUGCAUUCUCAUACUGGAGAAAAACCUCAUGCCUGUGAUGUAUGUAGCCAGUCAUUUGCUACGAAACUUUUAUUAAAAAUUCACGCACGUACGCAUACAGGAGAGAAACCAUAUGUAUGCGAGACAUGUAACCAAUCAUUUGCAAACAAAUCGUACUUUCGGAAUCACGUGCGCAUGCAUGCAGGAGAUAAGCUUUAUGCAUGUGAUGUGUGCAACAAAUCAUUUAUACAAAGUGCGAAUUUAAAGAGUCACAUGCGCACUCAUUCAGGAGAGAAACCUCACAAAUGUGAAGUAUGUAACCAGUCUUUUGUUCAAAAGUCUGGUUUGAAAAUUCACAUGCGACUUCAUACCGGGGAGAAACCUUAUGUAUGUGAUGUAUGCAAUAAAUCAUUCAUCCAAAUGUCUAAUUUAAAUUAUCACAUGCAUAUACAUACAGGAGAGAAACCUUUUAGAUGUGAAGUAUGUAGCAAAGCAUUUUCAGACAAGUGGUGUUUGAAACAUCACAUGGCUAUACAUACAGGAGAAAAGCCAUAUGUGUGCAAGAUAUGCAAGAAAUCAUUUGUACAAAAGUGUAAUUUAAAGAGUCAUAUGACGGUUCACACUGGUGAGAAACCUCAUCUAUGUGAUAUAUGCAAAAAAUCAUUUAAGCAGAAAGCUCAUUUAAAGAGUCAUCAGCUGCUUCACACAGAAGAGAAUUCUUACCCAUGUAAUGUGUGUAAAAAGAUCUUUGUACAAAAGUCUCAGUUAAAUAAGCAUGUCUGCACUGAAGAUUCUUGUAUAUCAGUUAUAUAGCUAAAGAUUUCUCCAAAAUUUGGUUUUAUCCUAGGUAUGUUGAUACUAUGAGAAAAUCUGAAUAUGCAUCCUGAUGUACAUGUAUGCAGAUGUCACUUAUCAUAAUGUGAUGAUACAUAAUCUAAUUAUUUAUAUUGACCUGUAUUUCAUAUGAUACAUAAGCAUUUCUCAAAUAUACAUUUUCCCCCUUUCCAGCAUUUCUUGUAAAUUUCCUGAGAAUUUUUAAAUGUUCUCAGAACUUUAGGAAUAAAUUUAGAAAGUGAUUGUUUGUGUUUACAUUGGUGAAAAUUAGACAUUUUGGAGCAAAUAAAGUAGUAUGUAGUAGACGGUUUUAGUCUAAUAAUUGCAGUUAAAAUAAAUUUGUGAAAUAGUGGGGUAAAAUUAAGUAUGCUUUAAAAUAGUUACCAUUUUCUUGAAAUUUAACAAAUAUGUGUAAACUUCUAUAACUCUUAAAAUAAUUUUCAAUUCACAUAAGGUUUAAACUUAUGUGUAUUGGCAACAAGCUCAUCAUCGGCAAAUAGUGUUAGUUGUAACUUUUGUUGUUGUUUGAUAAUGCAAAACAAACAUGGAUAAACCUUACUCUCUUUUAGACCAUAACAUGACAAGAAAUCUUUGAAUCUUGCAUUCCAUCAAUAGAGAGAUUAUUUAAGCCCAUAUAGCAGAGCCAUAGCUGGGCUUUUCAGUGCCCAGAAACAAAUACAGAUUUUGUUCCAAGAAUGUCUGUAUGCCAAGAAUGGAAAACAUUUCAUUCUAAAUUUUGUUACAGGAAUUUAGCGCCCUCUGGAUGCUGUGCCCGAGGACAGGUGUCCUCCCUUAUAAAAGUUUCACCAUAGUUGGACUUUUCAUCAUGCUUGAUUGUCAUGUAAUUAUUUUUUCUGGGAUUUACAGUCCUUCUUAAAAGUGACCCUUUUUACCACAUUUAUGUUGCUUUCUCUGUUAACAGGCCGAUUUUGUCUUGAAAAUGCUUGGAGUUUUUCCAACACUAAUUUUAGCCAUUAAAGCAACAUAUUUAGUGACCCUAGAUAGCUCUGACAUCCUUCUCAGCUUUUUCACAUAAGUUGCACUUUUCUUGAUGACAAGAUGCCCUAAUUCUGAAAAUACUGUACUGCAUGCUGUUCAUUAAAGACAAGUCCAAAAUUUUAAUAAUUUUUUUUUCAAAAUACAUUUGAAAAACAGAUAAAUAAUUGUUAUAUUUUUCAAUGAAAAUUAAAUGAAUUUAACAAGAAUUAAUUUGAUUUUCAUUAUAAUGUUCCUCGCUACUUUAUCUAUGAUAAAAUGUCGAUGAACAUAGUGAACUAAGUAGUAGCGCCUUAUCGCUGAGUUCAAGUACUUACAACGUGGGUUCGAGAAGGGUUAAAAUACCCUUUUAUUCACAAAGAAAUAACAAAUAGUGCCUUCUCGGGCUUAAGGGAAAACUUUCACUUGUGCUUUUAAAUCAGGA